AUGCGGCUCAGUCGGUUUUUAAAGGGGUGCCAAGGAUUGCAGCAUGACGAACCAUCCUCGCCGAGAAGUCCCUCUCGCAGAACGUCUCUACUGCCUCAACCAUCAAAUUUCGCUCGACUCGGUCUUCAUUUCGCCAUAAUCCGAAGAUGCGGUCCAUUUCGCGAUACCUGCGGGUUCCGCGCCCUCGAGUUCGUCGCAGCCUCCCUUGAAAAAGCGCACCAGAGACCUGGGAGGAUGAAGAUGCAGAUGCUAAUUACGACACAGGCGUUUCUCUACGUGAUGAGUCUGCGGACCGGUGUAGAGAUGGUCUCUCUCUCCAUGAUCUUUAACAAACUCACCGGCUUCUACGGCCUCCUCGCCAUCCUGACCGGCGUAUCGCUCUCGCCACUCCAACUCUCCAUGUACAUCUACUCGGUUGGCGCACUCGUCAUCCUCGCCUUCCUCAUGCCGCACAUCCGCAAGCAGAGCCCCUUCGAGUGCCUUGCCCUCUCGUGGUUCUACCUCUUCGAUACCAUCAUCAACACAGCCUUCACUUCUGCAUUCGCGGUGACCUGGUUCCUCGCCGUCAGCGCCGAUAACGCGAGAAAUGGUAUUCCGAGCAGUGCCCCCGGCGGAAGCACGAUGGAUGAUACGGCGGGCUUCACGAGCCCGAAGUAUAAUAUCAGCAAGGUGGAAGUGGUAACUGGUGGACCGCCUUCCGUAGCCUACGGCAUGGUCGGCCAAAAUAUCGCCACUGUGAGAAACCCCAACUUUGGGCGUAGUGUGGCCAUCGAAGAGAGCAUACCCAGCAUCAUAGUUGUCGUACUCUUGACGAUGGUGCGGGUCUACUUUAUUCUCAUUGUCAUGGCGUUCGCAAGACAAGUUCUGAGGCAGCAUAUGUAUGCGGCUUCGCCGGCUUCGCCGAUUAAACUGCAUCUUCACACUGAUGGGGCGGCUGAGGGAAGGGCAGAUAACCCUUUCGCGGUUGGAUCGCCUGAGGGUGAGGGGUUGAAGGGGAUGGUUGGCAGGAUUAUGGUCAGGGUUGGAGAGAGCUUUUGGCUAGGGGGACAGGCGGAUGAUGAGUGGGUCAAGGGAUUGGAUGGGAGAUUUAAGACUACGAAUCUCACUUUGAAGAGAUCCGGGGGACCGCCCGGCACUAUCGAGAGGGAGCGCAGGGCGCGGAGUGGAACUGGGCCACCAAUUCCCAAGAUUGACCUGGGCAAGCUGUGA